CUCCAGUUAUCUACUUUGAUCACAUUCUCACUUCCCCAUUCUCUCUUCCCCAUUCUCUCAUUCCCUUAUCUUCUAUUUUUCUCCUUUCUAUCCGCCUUUCCACUCGGCGGACGAACUCCAGGGUGACAGAGCCCCUCCUACCCCGCCCCGAAAAACGACGAUGUCUCGACACCGUGUCAAGGCCGUCAGUUAUGAUGACGACGAUUAUGACGACUACGAUGAUGGCUAUGACUCCCAAGACCCUGAAGAGCGUGAAUUCCUCGAAGAGUGUACUCGCGAAGUACAAAAUCAGCUGGCUGCAGGCGACCCCCCUGUGAGCGCGACCCGCGAUGAAGUCCAGGAUGCGCUGUGGCACUAUUACAACGAUGUGGACAAGUCGGUGAACUAUUUGAGGGGCAAGAAAACGAAAGAGGCGGACAAGAAGGCCGCAGCGGCAAAGGCGAAAGUGAACGCAGGACCCAGCCCAGACGAUGUAAUUCUAAACGCCCAGAGUUCCGCUAAAGGCUUUAAGUCGAAACAGCCUGCUCCGAAGCCACAAGGUGACAGGAAAGCAGCAGGAUUGGCUGGUGACAUGGGUAAUCUCAGCGUUGCCGAGAAGGUCAAUGUCAAGAGUAAGAAUCUGGAUGUGCUCUCAGAGUACAAGAAAUCUAAGCGGAAAAAUGCCAUGAACUUCGUGGUUAUCGGCCACGUUGAUGCGGGGAAAAGUACCCUUAUGGGACGCCUACUUGCGGACUUGAAAGCCGUUGACCAGCGCACGCUGGACAAGUAUCGAAGGGAGGCAGAGAAGAUAGGCAAAGGGUCUUUUGCCCUGGCGUGGGUCUUGGACCAGGGCUCUGAGGAGAGGGCGAGGGGUGUGACUAUCGACAUUGCCACAAGAAAAUUUGAAACCGAGAACACGGUUUUUACGAUUGUAGAUUCCCCUGGCCAUAGAGACUUUGUUCCGAACAUGAUUGCGGGCGCUAGUCAGGCUGAUUUCGCGGUGCUCGUUAUUGACGCCAGCAUAGGGAACUACGAGUCCGGGUUGAAGGGCCAAACCAAGGAGCAUGCGUUGCUCGUGAGGAGUAUGGGGGUCCAGAGGAUCAUUGUCGCCGUGAAUAAAAUGGAUACUGUUCAGUGGGAUUUUGGGCGAUUUGAAGAGAUUGAGCAACAAGUUUCGGCAUUCCUGAUCACCGCUGGGUUCCAGGCUAGGAAUAUCUGCUUUGUGCCUUGUUCUGGAGUCAAUGGUGACAACAUCACCAGACGGAGUGAGGAUCCAAAUGUGUCUUGGUACAAUGGCCGUACUCUGGUGGAAGAGCUUGAAGAAACAAAACCGUACUUCCACGCCCUUGACAAGCCGCUCCGAAUGACAAUCGGCGAUGUAUUCCGCGGCAGCAUACAAAACCCUCUAUCAAUAUCUGGCCGAAUUGACGCAGGCAGCUUACAAGUAGGGGACCAAAUCCUCACCAUGCCGAGCGGAGAAACCGCAACAAUCCGAAGUUUAGAGGUUGAUGAAGAGCCAAACGACUGGGCAGUUGCCGGUCAAAACGUCGUCCUACACUUGGCCAAUAUCGACCCGAUCCAUCUCCGCUCUGGCGACGUUGUAUGCCACGCAUCCGCCCCGAUUCCCAACAUCACUUCAUUUACAUGCAAGGUACUUGCCUUUGACCACUUGCUUCCUAGUAUGGUCGAUAUCCAUCGGGGGCGCCUGCACGUACCUGGCCGGAUCAGCAAGCUAGUUGCGACCCUAGACAAAGGGUCUGGAAACGUGCUCAAGAAGAAGCCAAAGAUUGUUCAGCCUGGGGCGGUGGCAAGAAUUGUUGUUGAGUUGGAUCAGGCAGUACCCUUAGAAGCGCCCACGAGGAUAAUUCUACGAGCUGGUGGUGAUACAGUGGCUGCUGGGUUGCUAGAGUGAUAGACCUACUUGGAUAUAAUUGACCUAUAUUGGAAUAAGUGGAGUGGCCGAUAUAAUGGGUAUAACGGGACAGAAGCCUGCCAGACUUAUGCCAAGA